CUAGCAUUCUCCAACCCACUCUAUACUGGGCCUUACUUCUUUUUCAUAUGAUAUUUGGAUAUCUGAAUGAAAAGUUUCAAAGCUAUCAAUUUUUGCAAACUAAUUAAUUUUUCUACGUAUCAAUGUUAACGUUGGACUUGAUAGUGUUAAAUAAAUUGAGCAUUGAGUAGAAAGUUAAUAAUAAAUAUCCGUUUUUGUGUUAUAUCUCAAUGAGUAGGAAAAUUGUAUUUCUGGCGUUUCGUGACUUGAUUUAAGCCAUUUCUUCAGAGUAAAUAAGUAAACGAAUUAAAGUAAUACAAGUUUAAAUAGUAUUAUUUCCUUAAACAAUUUUUCGUACUUUGCUAAAAUGUUUAUUUCAUUUUUCAAAAUAGUUUCUUCUGAAAGAGUGUUACACAUGCUGAUAAUCAUGUAGCUGAAUGUUACCAUUCAAAUCAGUUAAUUCCAAACAGAUAUUUGAUUCUGUUCUCUUUUAAACCUCAAUUUAAUGCAUGUUUUAAGUUCAUAAACCCAACGAUUUGUAGAAUUAACGUUAUCUAUUCAUAAAUUGGAUCAAUUAUGGACGUCUAAUUAACAGUAACAUUGUAAACAACUCUGAAUACAUAGAAUUUUUUAUCCUGAAAAGCUGUUGAGUAAUAAUUUUAUAAGAUAUUUACUUUCACGUAUAGCAUGACCUUAUACUUUCCAAGUAUUUUUGUUUAACACAUGAAUUCAAAUUCAUAUUUCUAAGUACUCUACUUCAAUAAUGCCUUCAGCAUGAUUAUAGUUUGCCUCAUCAUUUACUGGUCAUUCAAAAUGUUUUUCGUUGGUCAUUACUGAUUCACACUUCAGUUUGCUACCAUUUCAAUACAAAUAUCAUGCCAAUAUUCAUGGCUCCAAUAACAUAAAUCAUUAUCCAGCUGGUGGGUCACAGAUAAAACGAAAUGCAUCUAGUUAAUUUUAGAGCUACUCACUAUUAAACAUUACUAUGAACUGAUACGAGAUGGUAAUGACACAUUCACUCAAACAAACUCAUUACUGAGUAUAAAUUAAUGAAUGAAAUAGUUGGAGAAUUACUUUACUUCCUAUUAGUUAUACUUCAUCAAAUAAACAUAGUAUUUGGUUCAAAAAUGAAGAUUGAUUUCAUGAACUUAUCAUGAAAACACUGACCUACUAAAGAAUAUACAUGAGGCUUUCUCUGAUAUUUAGAUAUUUCAUCCAGAGAUAUGUUAGUUAUAUAGGAUAGUUAUGAAAACUAGUAUUUGCUGAGUAUCAAAAAUAUUUUUAUUUCUUAAUCUAUGCAAGAAUGACAUAAGAUAAUGCAUCGAGUUUUACUGUUGCUAUUUUAUUGUCACAGAAUAAAAGGAACCGUCACAAAAGUAACAAGAUGUCCAAAUUCAUAAACAUAUAGACAGCAUUCAUUAACUAAAGAAAUAAAUCCAGUGAAAAACAUUAACGCAUCUAGAUGAAUAUGCAGUAUGUUCAGUGGACAAUCUUUAAGAAACUUUUUUUUCAAGUUGUAUCUUAAUAAAUAGAUAGAAUAACAACACACUUCUAUGUAAGGCAGAAGCAGUGCUAUUUUUUAUUUAAAUCUUACUUUAUGGGUACAAAAAACGUGUGCUUCAUCCAGCACCACUAUGAUGAACAACUCACUGCCGCACAUCUCUUUCUCUUUCGGUUUUGUUUGUCUAAUCUCGUCUCACUUUAAUCACGAUUAUACUUUCAUUUCCAAUUUAAUCAAAUGUUCGUUUCUGCUUUUUGAUUGGUAUAACCAGUCUUGUUAUUCUGAGAUUAUUCAGUGAUAUAUGUGACUCCUUAUCAAUUUUGAUAUUGGAUUACUUCUGUUUUCUUAUACUUUCUGCGAAUAUUGCUAUGAAUAAUUUACAACCUUUUUUUCUGGUAAUUACGAUUUCUUUCAUUAUUUCUCUUACAGUAAUCAUAAUAAUCUUCAAAUAUUCACUUACACCAUUAAGUCACGGUCUCUGUUUGUUCAACCUGUUCAUCUUUGUAUCGAAUCUGUACAGAUAUGGAAAGUAUUUAUAAUUACUUUUCACUAGUGAACAAAUGACCUUAUUUGUGUUACACACCAAAUUACACAUGUAUAACAUUUUAUUUAUUUAUACAAAUCAGUGAAUAUGUAGAAGAUCUGGGAUAAACAAAGUAAUGAAAUCUAUUCAUUUCAUCCCAUAUUGUUUGUUGUUAUUGUUUUACAAAGUUUGUCAGGGAAAUUAAUCUCAUGUUACCCUCAUAUUAGUUGUUAUUUGAGCACUUCUUUACGAGAUUAAAUAGUAAAAGUUCAGUCUAUUAGAUUAUUACAAUGAAAUGUAUCUACAAAAGGUGAUGUUUUCAUAAAUUAAAUCUUUCGGCUCAACUGCAGACACUUAUUAACUAACACCUAUUUCAUUUCCUAACUAAUCUUUAACACCAUUAAUGUUCAAAUCAUUCCAUUCUAAAAUUACCACAUACAGAUUGAUUCGCAAACUCUUUUUUAAAGUUAAGAACUAGACAUUAAAAUAGUUAAGCCAGUGUUUUAUCAUAGUUGUUUUAUAAUAAAUAUGCUAUUUGAAUUAAAACUGUGUUUUCUGUUUGCAAUCUCUUGAAAGUUAUUCAAUCAUUAAAGUCACUGAAAAUUCAGGUGUAAUACAUCAGCAAUGACGACUAAUACAAUUUUAACUGGAGCAAUAGUAUUAUUCAAGUGUAAACUUAUUGAGGUAUAUAUUUUCUCUGAUUGUAACGCUAUUUUUACAACUGGAAAUGUAAGGCUUAGAUGGAAGUGACCACUUCCGACAACCCGCUGAUUAAAUCAAUUUCCAUACAGUUAAUGUUCAUUCACAAUAUUCCAUGAACCUGUUGUACGCAUUGCUAGGAUAAAAAUAACUAUAAGUUUAUGGAAAAUAAUAUAAAUGAAUCUUAUACUUCAUUUAUUAAAAUCACAGCUGGAUAUAUUUGCCAACAAACAAACAAAUGCAUCCAUGUUAGUAUGCUACUAAGUAUCUAAGUUAAAUGACUUGGUUACUACUGAAACUAUGUUACAACCUGCGAAUCUAAUUUUAUUCCAGAAAUCAACAAAUUUAUUUUUAAUUAUGAUGAAGGUUAAAGUAAAAAAACACCGAUUAAGUCGUAAUACAAUGAAUCGAUAGUCUAGAACCUCUAAAAGUGUUUUUAUGCUUACACAACUUAUACAUUGAUAGGCUCACUUACAGUAUGUUCACGGUUUGUUUAACAUAUUUAGGUUCUUUGCUUGAAGAACUCUUUCAAAGUAUUCCGAAGUUUACAACUUUUUACUGACAAUUAUCAUGUGCUCACUAAUGGUUUUCUUCGAGAGGAAAUUUCCAAAGUCCUAGUCAAAAGCUAUGAUCAGUGGAGUUAGUUCAUGUAGAGUGUGAAGCAGUAACACAACGAAGACAAUAGAAGAUAGUUGAGCAAUGUUUCAGAUUGAUCGGAGUUAGACAUGAACACUGCUGUAUGCCAACUCAGUGGUCUAAUGAUUAAGCGUUUGCACGUGUUUGAUUUCUCAGUGCGAGGUUGAGGGUGAGCACCGGUGAUGAGUCCCAUACUAAGACAAAGCGUCCACCUAGUACUUCCAGGUUUUCAAUAUUGGUCUGAAUUAGAUCGGUUCAUGAUUCUAAUGAAAAAAAUAUAAAUCAAAUAUUUCGACGAUGGUUAUAAUGUAAAUGUAUCUCUUUUGUGCAUUGACGAGAAUGAUUGCCUUUAAUAAAGAUCAUCUCAAAUUCUUUAUAAGAGCAUAUAGUUUAUCUUACUUUAUUGAUGAAAAUAAGUAGUGGUUGACUUUUUGAGUUGAUUUUAAGUGAGUGUGAUCUGAAAAUCACAUCACUUCCCUUAUUGAUACUUAAUAUUAUUUGAGUUUUUUUAUUAAUAAAAUGACUAUAAUAUAUAUGAUGAAAAAACUAUCUUUCAUGAAAAUAGCUCUCACAUAUCAACCUGUCCAUAUUAAUUCGUUAGAAAUAUACAGUAUAUAUAACAUAAAGCUUCUAACUUAGAAAACUGUUUAUCUUUAUUAAUAAUUGCAAGGUGUGCUAAUAUUUGUGUAAUUUGAUGAUAGGUUUCAACUGGAAUGAUUCAGGAGUAUACAUUUAAAUUCUAACCAGAUCAACUUGAAGGUCUAUUUGCAAGCAUUAUAAUCACUAAGUUACUUAUUCUAUAUUCGACAAUCCAAAUGAUUUUAAAUACAAAUUACAACUUGUUUUCGUAAUGCGAUCAAUGAAUGAGUAAAAACUUCUUUUGUUAAAACUCCACUAAAAAAAAAAUGAUGUUUUUUGUAUGUAAGUAAGAGCAUAAUAAUAAAAUGACCAGCAUUCACUAUUUAUUUAUUAUUCAUAAUACAAUUGUAGAUUUCUAUUAUUUGUCAUGUGAUUAUGUCAUCAAGAUAAGUUGUUUUUUUUCUUUACAUUAUCAUACAGUUGAGUACAUAACCAAUAUAUGAACUAUUUUACUGAAUAGUAAACUGACAUAUAGAACAUGUCUUGAGUUUACUUAUUGAUCAAUGAAGUAAUAUAAAACUAUUAAUAUUUGAGUAUCAUUUCAUCUUUAGAACUGUUCUAUUCAUUCUUGUAUCAACUUUUGUUUUAUUUGAAUAAUAUAAAGAAUCUAUAUUGCUAAUCUUAUUAUUUAAGGAUUAAAAUAAACAAUUUGGAUAUUAUAAAAUAUUUUAUCAUAGAUAGUAUAAUGUCUGGAAACAUGACUACAUUACGAAGACAUCAUUCUACAUUCUCUCAUACAAUGAAUAAAUUUAAAGCAAUGGAUAAAGCGAACAAUCCCCAGGGUGCAAAACCAAAUUUCGCAUCCGGUGGAAAAGGAGCUCAGCCUAAUGCAAAACAGAUUAUGCUUGAUUGGUGUAAAGCUGUAACUAAAGGAUAUGAGGGUGUGGACAUACAAAAUUUCGGAAGUAGCUGGGGUGACGGUUUAGCAUUUUGUGCAUUAAUUCAUCACUUUUAUCCGGAUUCAUUUGAUUUCUCUACAUUGGAUCCAAAAAAUAAACGAGCAAAUUUUGAAUUGGCAUUUGAAAAAGCUGAGAAACUUGGCAAUGUUUCUCCGUUACUCGACAUUGAGGAUUUAAUGCGUAUGAAAGUACCUGACUGGAAAUGCGUCUUUACACAAAUUCAAUUGUAUUACCGGCGUUUCCACUUGGAGGAAGGUAAAAAUGCAACUGUCCCUCCAACUGGUAUCCUUCCUAAAGCUGCUCCGAAACCAGAGACAACAGAUGAAUAG